GAAGCGACGUCGUAGCAGUGAGAACAAAAGAGCACUGUAAUUUAAGAUCCUGAGCGUCGAUUUCGAGAAAUAGUAGUAAAUACGGAGGGUGGAGAUUAUGACGGAUUUGGAUAACAGAAUAACAGAGAGGAAGGUAGAGAUGAAUUGAAAAGAAAGCAAUGGCUGUAAUUGGAGUUGGUGUGCAGCAACAGUUUUUGUGUUCCUCUGAAUCAAAGUGGAGCAUUCCAACUACGCCAUGCAAUCCCCUUACCAGCUCCAUUCUCAUACGCCCAUUCAAAAAGAUUCAAUUUUCAGUCAUUUCAUGCUCUUCUUCUUCUUCCUCACCACCGUCACAGGCCGCAGAAGCUGAAACUCAAACUGCUGAAUCUUCCGUCAAUUUAGGUCUUCAGCUCUUCUCCAAAGGAAGGGUUAAGGAUGCUUUAGCCCAGUUUGAAACAGCGCUUACCUUGAAUCCCAAUCCUGUGGAGGCCCAAGCUGCUUUCUACAACAAAGCUUGCUGCCAUGCAUACAGAGGGGAAGGAAAGAAAGCUGCAGAUAGUCUCCGUACUGCUUUGAGGGAAUACAACCUAAAAUUUGGUACAAUUCUCAAUGAUCCAGACUUGGCCUCUUUUAGAGCUUUGCCUGAGUUCAAAGAACUACAAGAAGAGGCCAGGAUAGGUGGGGAAGAUAUUGGCAACAGUUUUCGGAGAGAUCUAAAACUUAUUAGUGAAGUUCAGGCACCGUUUCGUGGGGUUAGGAGGUUUUUUUAUGUGGCAUUCACAGCAGCUGCAGGAAUAUCAUUGUUCUUCACUCUACCCAGGCUAAUCCGUGCAAUUCAAGGUGGUGAUGGUGCUCCUGAUCUACUGGAAACUGCAGGGAAUGCUGCCAUUAACAUUGGAGGCAUUGUUGCUUUUGUGGCAUUAUUUUUUUGGGACAAUAAAAAGGAGGAGGAGCAGAUUGAACAAAUAUCUCGAGAUGAGACACUAUCAAGGCUGCCUUUGCGCUUAACAACUAAUCGUGUAGUUGAACUUGUUCAGCUACGGGACACAGUUAGGCCGGUUAUAUUAGCUGGGAAAAAAGAAACAGUAUCUUUGGCUUUGCAAAGAGCAGAACGAUUUCGCACUGAGCUCGUUAGACGUGGUGUCCUGUUAGUUCCUGUCAUAUGGGGAGAAGGUAGGGAAACCAAAACAAAAACAAAAAUUGAGAAGAAAGGUUUUGGUCGUCCACAAAAGGCUGCUGAAGCUCUUCCGUCCAUUGGGGAAGAUUUUGAUAAGCGAACACAGUCCAUAGCUUCAAAAUCGAAGUUGAAAGCAGAAAUCAGGUUCAAGGCUGAAGUUGUAUCGCAAGCAGAAUGGGAACAGUGGAUAAGAGAUCAGCAGAAAUCUGAAGGAGUUACUGUUGGCGAAGACGUGUACAUAAUAAUGCGCUUAGAUGGGAGGAUUCGAAGAUCGGGGAAAGUUUUACACAAGCAUAAGAUGCAUGAGAGGAAUCACAUUUGUAAAAUACUGGAAUGCCUGACUGGCAGCAAAUUGUGAAGGAGCUACCAGAAAUGGAAGCAUUUUUAAGCAAGCUGGAAAGAUGAGAAAUUUUACAUGGCAUACUUUUGUUACAGAAUUUCUAGAGUGCAAGUAUUUAUUUAUGUCUCACAGAAAUAUUUAUGUGUACAUCAUUCCUUAACGAUCAUUACUGACAGUUGCAAAGUGUUACAACUGAGACUUGUUAUGAAUGGAAAAAUAAAAACUGUACCUUGGCAACAAACUUAAUUUGUACUUAACCC